AUGGCCUUCAUAUUUUGGCAAAAUGUCGAUUGCAACGAGGUGGUAAUCCAUCUCUGGUCACUUACUGGACUCGUAUGUCUUACAAUGAGCCUUUUCGUUUGUGGAAAAUCUAAGAAACCGACUACAGCCUCUCCGGCAGCUCUUCCGUCAUCAAUUGAGAGUCCUGGACCACCAGUGCCACAGACUCAAAAAUCUUCUAAAUCGCAACAACCGGCUGGAAGUGCGGAGGAGAAGAAGAAUCCAGAAAAGGCGGAGGAUAAGAAACCGGAUGAGCCAGCAAAAUCGAAAAUCGAAAAAGAGUGAGAAUGAAAAGUCGAAAAAGGGAAGUAGCAAGAAAUCGGAAAAGAAGGAAAAAACUGAAGAGAAGAAAUCGAAAAAGGAUGAACCGAAAAAAGAUGAGGAAGAUGCGAAGAAGGGAGAUGUUAAAGGAAAGGAUGCAUUCAAGAAACCAGUGGAUGAAGCUGCAGUUGCUGCGAAGAAGGACCCUAACUAUCAGACACUCUGUGGACUUAACAAUGACCUUUUCGGGCCUGACAAGAACCCAAAGAAACAAUUCAAAGCUCCAACAAAAGUGGAGAAAGCUGAUGUGAAGGACCCGCAAUACGAGACAUUGAACGGACUUGGUGAAGAUUUGUUCAAGGACGAAAAGAAGGAAGAUGAGGGAAAGAAGAAAGAAUUCAAGCAACCAGAAAAAGUUCAGAAGGCAGAUGCAAAAGAUCCACAGUAUGAGACAUUGAAUGAGGUUGAUAAGGGAAUUUUCAAUAAUGAAGAGAAGCCGUCGAAAAAUGAGAAUAAGAAUGUUGAGAACAAGGAUUAA